CCCAAAUAUUUCUCCAUGAAUAGACACAAAUCCGUACCUCGUUGUUACCGGGAAAAGGAGAAAAAAACAGAAACACAGAAUCAUCGCUCGACGAUGUUAGACUCAUCAGAAGAAUGGAAGUCCAUGUGGCCCAUCUCCUCCGUCUUCUCCCCUCCCCUCCUCCUCUCAUGCGCCGCCGCCGCCUCAUCUCCUUCCUCCAAAAAACCCACAUCAUCGCAAGAACAAGAACUAGGACCCCUCAUCUUCAACCCCUCCCCCGAAACCCUAACCGUCCUCCUAUCCUCCCCCGCCUCUCUCUCUCCUCACCUCCCUCCCCCCUUCCCCCACCUCUCUCUCGCCCGCUUCCUCUACACCACUCCCUCUGUCACCCAUCCCUCCUCCCUCCCCCCCUCCACCGCCUCCUCCGUCGCCGCCCAACUCCCCUCCCUCUCCUCCCCCUCCUCCGAGGCGGUCCGCCACAACCGCCUCCAGUUGCUGCGGUGCCCCGGCUCGAGCUCGGUCUUCGUGUUCUUCCCCACUGGUGAAAACUCCGACCGGGUCGGGUUCGUGGUGGUGUCGGCUGAGCAUUCUGAGUUGGGUGUCAGGAGAGGAGAUGGGUACGGGGAUGAUAGGGAUGGAGAUGGGGGUGGGCUUUUGGUUUCCAAGGAGAAGUUUGACAAUCGGAUUCUUAGGUUACUGGUUAACCCUGUGCCACAUUCUUGCUCUGGUUCAGGUAAAUAUUCUACUACUACAAUUGGGUAUUUAAUGGCUAGCACAAUGUAUGCUGUUCAUUGGUUUAGAAUUAGAAUCAGGGGACUUGGUCCGGACUUCGAGAGGCCGCCGUUUCUAGAUUUUCGGGGUAGUAAAUUGUUUAAGAGUUGUUCUGUUGUGCAUUGUUGUUGGAGUCAGCAUUUGCCCGAAGAGAGCGCGGUGCUCCUAGAUAGCGGUGAAUUGUUCUUGUUUGAUUUAUUGGAUUAUUGUUCUAAUAAGACUCGGGGUUUGAACAGAAGAACUAGUGGGAAAAGGAUACGAAUAUCGUGGAAAGAUUGUUCCAAUAGUUUGGAAAAAGGCGGGUGGUUGAGCUGUGAAUUUAGUUGGCAUCCAAGAAUCUUGAUUGUUGCUCAUUCUUGUAAUGUUUUCCUUGUUGAUUUGAGGGUUGAGGGAUGCAAUGUGAGUUGUUUGCUGAAAAUCGAUACGUUGGUAAUGAAUAUUGCUGUACAAACUGAUCGAUUUGUUGCCUUCUCUAAGGCAGGCUCUGAUGGGUUCUGUUUUGUUGUGGCCUCUAACCAUUGGCUGCUUCUUUGCGAUGUGCGCAAGCCAUUUAUGCCGUUGUUGCAAUGGGCCCAUGAUCUUCCCAACCCAUUGUGCAUUAACGUGUUUUCACUUUCUCAGUUGAGGUCACAUUCUAAGGAUGAUCAUUUUAAGUGGGCUGCGGACACUGGAUAUUGCAUUGUGAUGGGCUCGUUUUGGAACUGCGAAUUUUGUCUCUUUUGCUAUGGGCCACCCCUUAGAGCUUCGGAGAUUUCAAGUUUGUGUAAAUCAUUUUAUGCAUGGGACCUCCCUUCAGAGCUCUCACUGUCCGAUCGCGAGUGUCAUUGCGGAAGUUGUCUUGUGAGAGAAGAGUUCUCGAAGGAUGCUCUUCCUAAAUGGGUGGACUGGCAGCAGAAGAAAGAUAUUGUUCUAGGUUUUGGCAUCCUUGACAAAGACCUACAUAGUGAGUUGUCGUCUGAAAAAGAUGGUUUUGGUGGGUUCACACUGAUUCGGCUUAUGUCCUCUGGGAAGCUUGAGUCACAGAGAUACUGUGCCUCAUGGGAAUUCACAAAAGUAUUGGAAGGACCGCACAAAGAGUCAUCUCUUCAUUUCGAAGAUUCAGUAUUGUAUGCAAUGGGUGAGGAGGAUUUUAAAUUUCGCAAGAGAUUUAAGUAUCUGACACUUCAUUACCUCAAUGAGUUCAUGCACGAAAAUCUUUCUAAAGUUCUUUUCACAAAAAUUGAAAAGCUUAGCAAGGAUGCUCGUGAAAAGAGUUCCUUCAGUGUGGGUUUCCAUCAAUGUAUUUGUGAGAAGUUAAGGGCAUGUGGGCUCAGCAAAUUAACGUCACCUCCGCUUGUAUCUGAUGUAUUAAAAGACACUCGAUUCCUAACCAGCAUUCAUGAGGUUGCUUUAAGGAGAAUUUGGGCAGUUUUACCCAUGGAUCUUUUGCAGUUGGCAUUUUCUUCGUAUUCGGAGUUACUCGAAGUUCUUGAAGACCAGAAGAAGGUGUCCUUGGAAUUCCUAGAUGUCCCCAGUCAACCUCAGCUGCCUCCUUUUGUCUUUCGAACGCCUUCCCGCCGUAGCACUAAGUGGUCGCAGAAGGUGCAGCCUAGUACUGCUUUUGUGGGUCCCGUUGUUCCUACUCCUGUUCUUUUCACUCUUCGCAACCUACGUAUGGAAGAAGAAGAAGCAUACAUAUUGUCAGCUAAUGCUCAAGUCAAUAACCUGUGCAAUGAAGUCUUGGGGGUGGCCAGUGAAAUGGCUACACCUGGUUCUGUUUCACUUUCUGAUGAUAAAGAUACAUCAUGUUACGGUACCCUGAAAGAGAAUCCUUUCUCUUUACAUAAACCAGCGGCGCUAUCUUGUGAGUUUUCUAGCAUGGAUCCUACGCAGGGUGAUUCUGUUUGUAACAAAGAAAAUUUUACUACCUUUGUUUCCAAAGCCCCUGUAAAGGAGCUUGUCUCCAAUAACAGAACAGAGAUGGUUGGUUUAGAACUCUUUAAUUCUUUGUCACCACUAGACUUGAAGUUUGACGAUUGUACGAUAAAUUUUGGGCCAAAAGAGUUGAAAGCGCUCAAAAUGUUGACAACACAGUACUCAAAGUUUUUGCAGGUUUAAUACAUAUGGGAAGAUAUUUUUUGAGUUGCAAUUUCACGAAA